AUAUAAUUUUUCCCUCCCACAACUCUCCCGCCAAAAAGGUUACGGAUCAAUAGAUCAAAUCUCGUCGGAAAUUUGACGAACACUCGGAGGCCAAGUUUGAAACCACCUACACCACCGUCGAGAUGUACGGGGCUCACGGAGAGAGCGCGAACGACAAUUACGGUUCGAUCAACACAAGCAACAUUGGCUCGAUCGUGCCCGUUUAUAUCACCGAAAACGAGUACUCUAAGGACCAAGAGAAGCUGAUUUUUGAGCUCAUUCGGUUCUUCUCCGCUCCUCCAGGGCAAGAUCUUGCUCACCAGGUAAAGGAUGAUUCUAGUUCCUUCUGUUUGCCUCUUGACUUCCAACAAUUUCGAAAGUUAUGUGAUAUAGAAGAAUUCUAUGCGAAAUUGGAAGAUAAACCUAAAAUAGCUCUCUCCUGCAUGAGUGCCGCAGUUCACCAGGUUCUCUUAAGCAGUUCGGUUUUCAGCUUGGAGGAAGGAAUGAAGAUAAAUAUUUGUCUCCACAACUACCCUGAGUCCAUGAUUGUUUUGAAGAACUUAAAGGCUGCAUAUAUUGACAAGCUUGUAUCUGUGCGCGGCACAGUGGUAAAAGCUAGCACUGUCAAGCCUCUAGUGAUAAAAAUGAAUUUUGCCUGUGAAAAGUGCACAACCGAGAUCCCUCGUAUGUUUCCUGAUGGAAAAUUUUCACCCCCAUUGACUUGCACUUUCCAUGGCUGCAAGAGCAGAACAUUCAAACCAAUUCGAUCUUCAGCUCAAGCAAUAGAUUUUCAGAAAAUAAGGCUACAGGAGCUGCUCAAGUCUGAAGAACAUGAAGAAGGUCGCGUUCCUCGAACGGUAGAAUGUGAAUUGACCGAAGAUCUUGUUGAUUUGUGCAUUCCUGGAGAUGUAGUAACAGUCACUGGAAUCAUAAGAGUUAUCAAUAAUUACAUGGAUAUUGGAGGAGGAAAAUCAAAAAGCAGAAAUCAAGGAUUCUACUAUUUGUACAUAGAAGCAGUUUCUAUAAAAAAUUCGAAGUCACAGUCUGUGCCUGAGGACUUGCAAGACUUCAAUAGUAAUGCUAAAGCGACAGAGCUGGUUGAUUUGUUCUCAUUCUCUCCAAGGGAUUUGGAAUUCAUUGUGAAGUUUUCAGAAGAACAUGGUUCAAAUGUCUUUCGGCAAAUACUUCAAUCCAUAUGUCCAUCAAUUUAUGGGCAUGAGCUUGUUAAAGGUAAACCCUGA